GGGAAAGUGAAAGCAGAGUGCAGAACUAUCACCAGCAUCAUCAGCAUCCCACACCCACCUUGCUGCAAUGACUUCCAGAGAGCUCUACUCUUCCUCCUACAAGAAGAUCUUUGGGGAUUCCCCUAGGUCCUCCAGCCACCUGUACUCCACCAGUAGCAGCAGGGCUCAGUCGUACAGACCCAGAGAAGCCUACACCAGCAUCUCCUCCUACAGGAAGGUCAGUCGGUCCCCCGGCCACCUCAGCUCAGCCCAGGACCACUUUGACCUGUCCCAGUCCACAGCCCUCAGCAAUGAGCUCAAGAUCGUCAGGACCAACGAGAAAGAGCAGCUGCAGGGUCUUAAUGACCGCUUCGUCACUUACAUUGAGAAGGUCCAUCAGCUGGAGCAGCAGAACAAGCUGCUGGAGGCCGAGGUGACCUUGCUGAGGCAGAAGCACUCUGAGCCCUCCCGGCUCAGUCAGAUCUAUGAGCAGGAGAUCAGGGAGCUGAGGUCCAGGCUGGAGGAGCAGGAGCAGGAGAAGGACCAAGCGGAGUUGGACUACGAGCACCUGGGGACAUGCCUUCAGCAGCUGAAGAUGAAACUGGAGCAGGAGUCCGGCAGGAGGGAGGAGGCUGAGGAUACUCUGAAGAACUACAGGAAGGACUUGGACCAAGCCACCCUCAACCGUUUGCAGCUGGAGAAGAAGGUGGAGUCGCUGCUGGAUGAGAUCGCUUUCCUGAGGAAGGUCCAUGAGGAGGAGAUCGCUGAGCUUCAGGCUUCAGUGCAGGAGGCGCAGACCUCUGUGGAGAUGGAUGUGGUUAGCAAGCCCGAUCUGACGGCUGCUCUGAAGGAAAUCCGCAUGCAGUAUGAGGUUCUGUCUGCCCGCAAUCAGCAGUCCUCUGAGGAGUGGUACCAGGCCAAGAUUGCCAACGUAUCCCUAGAAGCUUCCCGGAACAACGAUUCUGUCCGUCAGGCUAAGGAGGAGAUCUCGGAGUAUCGCAGGCAGCUCCAGGCCCGAACCUUGGAGAUUGAUGCUCUGCGCAGUGCCAAUGAGUCCCUAGAGAGGCAGCUGCAGGAAUCAGAGGAUAGGAAUAAUGAAGAGAUUUCUCAUCUACAGGAUACCAUCGGCCAGCUUGACAAUGCUUUGAGGACCACAAAGGAAGAGAUGGCUCGGCAUCUGCGGGAGUACCAGGAUCUGCUCAAUGUCAAGAUGGCUUUGGAUAUUGAAAUUGCUGCUUACAGGAAACUCCUGGAAGGGGAGGAGACUCGUCUGACCUCAGUGGGCGGAGGCAGCAUGUUCGGCAUUGGCUACCCAUUCUCCUCAGGGUCAUAUUCUGGUGGCAGAAGUUCCACCUCAAGCACCAUCACUAUCAGAAAAGAGGAGAAGAAAGAAUCAACAGAGGGAGGGAAAGGAGGCAGCUCUGGGCAACCCAAAACCUCCAAGCCAGGGGAACCAGUUCAGGAAAAGACCCCUCAAAAAGCUGCAGCAAACUAACAUGAACGUGCAGAGCCCCAGAAGUUCCACCAGAAGAGAUUUUGUGAAGGAAACAUUAUUUCCCUUAAUCUCUUUACCUGUCACAGUGACAGUGAAGAAGGUUAAUGUAAAUGAUACAGAUCUGCUUUACCAACACUGAAAUAAAGCUUAACCA